AGUCAUAAACGAACUGUAUAUGCUGCUAAAAAGCUCCCAGCAUACAUAUACGUAUCAAUACACUACGGCUCUACUCUAAUGUAGGUAAGCAACGGCAGCAUGGAUCAAGGUCUAUUGGUUUGUGUCUGUUUGAUUGUACAUGUAUAGAAUCUGUGCGGACAUCCUAUGUCGGCUCUCAGCGACGCAGCAGACGCCGCUGGCUAAGCAAUUAGUCGUCAGCAGUAACGAACAAGCGAGCAUUAUUUGCCCAUGGUUGCUACGCUACUGGGCAAACGAAGGAAACAAUCAAUCGCCAACUGCAGCAUAAAAGCGUUGGUUGACGCGUCUUGACAGAGGCAACUGAGCUGCGCCGAUGAAAAGAAACUUUUAGCAAAUACCAUAAUAAUAACAACACCGCUGAAUAUUUUGCUUCUUAUAGAAUAUAAUGAUAUUACCCUGACUCGGGCUUGUUCUACAAUAACUAUAAGCAAACAGUUUCCGGAAAGCUGCUCUAUUUACAGUCGCCGCUGCCAUCAGUGUAAAUAGCAACGACGUGUGUAACGCGCUAACAUUGACGAUCAGUAUUUAUUGAUAAUUCGUUUGACAUCGACACGAAACAAAUUCGUUUAUGUAAACGACGUAUGUACGGAAUUUUUUACCCUAAUAUAAAUACUAUAGUGACAACUAUGAUAUGAUGAUGGUGUCAUUGAUAGCAAUGUAUAUGACAGCUAGUCAAAUCAUGCCGCGUAUAAACACAAGUUAUCGAGGUGCGCCAACGUUAAAUUAGCUUGAAGAUAAACUAUUGUAUAGAUGCCGGCCAAGGUGUUUUCGAUGCGUGACAAGCUUCGCACAGCAUUCGACAAAUAAAAUAAUCUCCUUCGGUUGAUAAGUAUCGCCCGUUAUCGAUUAGGCAAAAAAUGAAUCUCGCAUUUAUUGAAAUGUUUACGUUGCCGUAUGCAAAAAAGAGACUGUGCCAUUUGUAGCUAAGUCGUCCGUGGUGAAAAGUUGGUGAUCGAAGCCGUUCUGAAGAUUCAAGGAUAAAUACUUAUUAUGAAAUGCUUGUGAGAUCAGGGUCUCGUCUACAUGUGUAUCGCCAGCUCUUUAUCAUGAUGGCUCAUAUCAAAGAACCAACAAAAUCGUCAGUUAUUCAACCUGUAACGAGCUACCAUGAAUUAAACAUCAGAUCCACGGACGUCGAAGUCGGAUCCAAAGGUUCGUCUGCGAAAAUGAUCGUAAGUGAAUAUGUCGAAAAAGGAGAUAGACGCUUCAUUACUGUUCAUCACAUAAAUAUAUCCCAUCUAAGUUUGGAAGCUGGUAUUAUUGGAUUUGGCCUUGGAGUGCUGUUCGUCUGGAUUGUUAUCAUUUUCACGUUACACUUUUCCAAUAGUGGAAAAGUAAAGCCUGCUUAGGCAUGGUGUCGUUUUCGGCAUCGUGAUUCUCCACUGAUUUCAUUAAUAAACUUUAUUACUAACCUCUGUAAUUCGUAAUCAACUUUAUUCCGAAAAAGUUAGAUUGAAUCAAUGAACAAAAAAAGGGUUAAACCAAUUUAUUUACAAAAUGAGAUAAAAAAAAAUUGAUUUUAGACUAAACUAUAGGUUUUGCAAAAAGCUGAACUUACUGUUUCGUAAUUAAAUUUGAUACUCAAUCAUUUUAAUAAAUGGCACAAUUAUUUACAUAAUAAAACAACGGACGGUCAAUAAAUGUCUCAGUCUUAUUUCAAUUGAUUCAGCCCACUGUAAGUCGUAAUUAUUGGAAAUAUGUGCACCGCAGGUUACUGGAGAAAUGAAAAUGUGUACGAUGAAUCUGAUAAGAACCGCAACAGAAAAUCCAUAUUUGCGUGCUAUAGUUACGGUUCCCUAUAUAACAAUAGAAAAUGUAUUAUUAUAAAGCAGAAUAUGACGUAGAAAGGCCUGUAAAGGCAAACUAACAUGUCUCAUUUGACCUGGAAUUUCUUUCAAGAAUUUUUCUAACAAAAUGCUUCAUAAUCCGCAAUGACAUCCGCCAGUGAGCUUUGCCGCUCUCAUGUAACACUUUUAGUAUUUUCACCUAUUUGGAUAGUUUACUUGUAUAUAAGAAGUGUUUUUCCUAGCGUACAACUAACUUGAUCUUUCUUCCAUCCUACAGAUAUCUGAAGACGUAUUCGAUAUACACGUUUCAGCCUAUAAUCUUGCUGAGUUUCGUCUGAUUCUUCGGCAGGCUUCAAUUGUUAGGCUAAAAGCUGACGCCGUUACCAAGAUUUAGUGGUGUGCGUUUUUACAGCAAAUAUUGCAUAUUUGUCUGUUAGAACAGAUAUACGACUAUACAAGUUAACUAAAAGUGGUAUUCCUAAGCAAAUUUAAAUACCUCUAUGAUAAAGUUUGCCUGGCACAUUUUUUAAUUUUUCAAAUUCGAGUUACGUUAAUUUCAGCGCGCGGAUGACAGAACGCGUUGGGCGUUUUCGCUUUGGCGCCAAAUUUUAAAAGCCCGCUCUAAAAAUGAGGGCCCAAAGUGAGUUUCGAAAUCGAAACCGUAUGGUGAUGUAUUUAUAAAUAUUUAGCAGACGACAUAUUUGCUUCACGCGGGAGCUUGUCAGAAACCAUUCUUGUUUUGUUUUGUGAGUGAUUGUAGACAUAAGUUUGUUUCGUGCUGACUUGUCAAGGCGCGAAACGCCAUCCAUUUUUUAAGAUGGUGAAUUCUGUAUUUGAGUUUGGAGAUGUGUGGAAAGAGGACAAGGGUGGAAUGUCGAAUGGCCGUCUCAAGAUGACAGAUCAAAACAUCGUCUUCAAAAACGCGAAAACCGGCAAGGUUGACCAGCUCAAUAGCGGGGAGGUUGAUUCGGUUGAAUGGCAACGGCUUGGUGCGGGUUACGGAAUGAGAAUUGUGCUCUCCGGAGGAGCAAUCCACCGUUUUGGGGGUUUCGUCAACGAUGAGAAAGAAUUCGAGAAACUUAAGGAAUUUUUCAAGGAGUUCUACAGUGUAGAGUUGAAGAACAGAGAAUUGUCGCUAACGGGCCGAAACUGGGGAACAGUGAACUUCGAUGCUGCAAGCCUUGAGUUUUCGAUCGAUAAAUUCAAUGCAUUUGAGGUUCCCCUGCACUACGUGUCUAACUGUGCGACUGCAAAGAAUGAGGUGACACUCGAGUUUCAUCAAAAUGAUGAUGCAUCAAUCAAUUUGACGGAAAUGCGAUUCUUUAUUCCGUCAGAUGCUAAUGCCGAUGUGGAUGCAGUGGAUGCAUUCCGCAACAAUGUCAUGUCGAAGGCCUCGAUCAUUCAGGCAACCGGCGACGCCAUUGCACUAUUCAGCGACAUUCAAUGUCUUACUCCAAGAGGUCGUUAUGAUAUCAAGAUCUUUACAACAUUUAUCCAACUGCACGGAAAAACGUUUGAUUACAAGAUCCCUGUAAAUACGAUUUUGCGUAUAUUCCUUCUACCGCACAAAGAUGGACGACAGAUGCAUUUCGUACUCAGUCUUGAUCCUCCAAUCAAACAAGGCCAGACCAGGUAUCAUUUCUUGAUUCUGCUUUUUAAUCAAGAAGACGAAGAGGAUGUGAAACUCUCAAUGAGUGAAACAGACCUCAAAGAGAAAUAUGAAGGCAAGCUUGAAAAAGAAAUGAGUGGGCCUGUUUUUGAGACCCUCAGUCGUAUUGUCAAGGCGAUUGUUCAGCGCAAGGUAACUACACCAGGAAACUACAAAAGUCUCAAUGGCACGCCAGCGAUUUCAUGUUCAUAUAAAAGCUCAUAUGGUCUUCUUUAUCCCCUGGAGAAGGGAUUUAUCUACGUGCACAAACCACCUGUGCACAUUCGAUUUGAAGAGGUGUCCUCUGUUAACUUUGCUCGUUCUGGAGGCUCUACGCGCUCGUUUGAUAUCGAGGUGGAACUGCGUAAUUCAAUUAUGCACACAUUCUCGUCAAUUGAGAAGGAUGAAUACGGCCGUUUAUACGAAUUCGUAAAAAGCAAAGGAUUAAAGAUUGGCAGUAAACAGCGUGGCGCCGAGCAGACUUCAGCUGGACCCGACGAUAUGCUAGAUUCGGAUCAAGAAGAUGAUGCUGCUCCCGACGCGUAUCUACAUCGCGUCAAGCGAGAAGCCCAGGCACGCGAUGAUAAUAACGACGACGAUGACGACGAAGAUGAGAGCGACGACGAUUUUAAUCCGGAUAAGGCCUCCGGAGGGUCCGACGUUGCUGAAGAAUACGACACAGAUCAUGAUUCUUCGUCGAGUGAUGAUGAUGAAGAGGAAGGAGAAGAUGGCAAAAAACGCAAGAAAAUCAAGACAAAAACGAUCGCGGAACCUGGUAUGGGCAAAAAACGAGAGAAAUCUGAUCGCUCCCGUGAGGAGGGUGGCAGCCGAAAGAAACGAAGUCACAAAAAGGAUGCCAACGCUCCCAAGCGGCCUCAAACGGCGUAUUUUCUCUGGAUGGCUGAGAACAGGGAUAGAAUCAGGAAAGAAAAUCCCGGCAUGUCGGUAACAGAGAUUGCUAAGAAGGGCGGUGAAGAAUGGAAGGCCCUUGACGACAAAUCGAAAUGGGAAAAAAUGAACGAGGAGCUUAUGGAGCAAUACAAGAAGGAUAUGGAAGAGUAUAAGGCGCAUAAGAAGAGCGACGACGAGAGUUUGGAUGAUGAAGGUGAUAAGAGGAAGAAAUCCAAAAAAUCGUCACCCACGAAAGCUUCGUCGGCAGGUGGCAGCGGAGGGGGAUUUAAGAGUAAAGAGUACAUUAGUGAUAGUAGUGAUAGCAAUGGUGGCGAGGAUAGAUCAGGCGAGGAGGAGAAGAAGAAGCCUAAGAGGGGUGGUAAGAAUAACAAAGCCAACGAAUCGUUUGAGUCACUCAAGGACCAAGACGAGGAAAUUCUUGACUCGCCGGAGGCAUCAGGUGGCAGUCAAAGUGGGUCCGGAUCUGAAAUGGAUGCUGAUUAAAUCUACGCGUACAUUGAACUCUUACAUCCGAAAGUAUAAGACAAAACAAACAAGUGGUUCGAUUUAAAUGCUUUUUUUUGACUCCUCGGAUUAUUUUUCUAUUGAGGGUGUUGUAAAAAAAACUGUUGCUUUUAUCUUUGUUAGAUGCUCCCAUAAUAAAGCCAAAUAAAUUCGAAAACAAUUUUUACGUACCAAGUAAUAUUGACAAACAUAUUUUGAUUUUUUAUUUGUCAUCUGUAUCAUACGCUCAAAGGCAGACAA